AUGUUGACGACUUUUGGCCGGGGAUGUUUCGACGCCGCCGUCGUCGACGCGGCCCCAGGCGGACCGCAGCGCUCGUCGAGCGAGAGCGACGGCGGCGGGUCCCUGAGCUCCGGGAGCGACGACUCCGAGAGCGACGGCUGCGGCAGCGACGGCUCCGACGUCGCGCCCGUGCCCGGCGUCGCCGACGUGUUCCGCAGCCCCUCGCGGGACCAGUGCGUCGCCGCCUACGCCGUGCGCGUCGUCACGCCCCGGGGGCCCGUCAAAGGGGAGCUCCGCGUCGCGCCGCGGUCGCUCUACUUCGUCGCGGGCGAGUCCGCCGCGGAGCUCAAGAAGGGCGAGAACGCGCCGGAGCGCUGGCGCCUCGACGGCCUCACGGCCGUGCGCGGGCGGCGCUACCUCCUGCGGCCCCUGGCCCUCGAGUUCUUCUUCGCGACGCGGCGCGAGGUCUUCGUCGCGUUCGAGAGCCCCCAGGACCGCCGCGUCUGCUGGCGCCUCAUGAAGCUCAAGGCGCGCAUGCCCCUCGUGGCCCACCCGCCGGGGGGCACGAAGACGAUGCGCGCGCCCCACCUCGAGCUCCACGCGAUCCGGCUCACGGAGCGCUGGCGGCGGCGGCUCGUGACCAACUUCGAGUACGUCAUGGCGCUCAACACGAUCGCGGGCCGGUCCUACAACGACCUCGCGCAGUACUUCGUCUUCCCCUGGAUCAUCGCGGACUACGGCGGCGCGACGGCCGUGCCCGGCGAGCUCCGGGCGGCGCUGGGCAUGGAGCCCGCGGCCGCGCCGCGCGAGCCGGGCGCGCGCGCGCCGCGGCCCGCGCGCGAUGCUCAUACAUACAUAGCGCCCCUCAUCUCGCCCACCGAGCUCGCCGUCGUGCUGGGGGACGCGGACUGGCUCCCGGAGGACGCGCCCUUCUACUCGUGCGACCUCGGCGACGUCGCCGUCUCCGAGGAACGCGAGGCCGCCGCCGCCGACGACGACGACGCGCCGACCUUCGACCUCUCCGCGGGCCACGCGGGCGACGCCUUCGCGGACCGCCGCGUGAGCCUCGCCUACGACGACGACGACGACGCGGAGACCGCCGUCGUCGCGUGGAAGUCCGCGGCGGCGGACUUCCUCAACGCGCGCGACUGGCGCGGCCUCGAGGUCGCCCGCGGCGAGACGCCCGUGCGGCCCGCCGUCGAGGGCCGCACGGGCGUCGCCUCGGGCUACGCCCAGGAGGAGCGCGACGAGGGGGGGUCGUAA